AUUAAGAUCAUAGUGAUCCAUCUGAGUCAACUAAAUCUAAUCGUUCUCAUCCUUAAACAACAAUUGAUAGUGAUCCAUCUGAGUCAGCCAUAGGGUUUGGUGACUCCUCUGGAAACCCUAGUCAAAUUCAAUCAUUUAGCAAUGUAUUUACACAAACAUAAGUGUAGUUAAAUCUCUUCUUAUCCUCCUCAUCUCCUUACAAAUCCUCCCUCUCUAUUCCUCUCUUUGCUUCCUUCAUAAACCCAAAACGUUUCAUUCCUCUGUUCUUCUUCCUCGGUUUGUCUUUUGCUACUUCCAUGGCAAUCUCAGACACAGGUCCCGUGGUCCAGACGACCCCGUUCGUCACUUUCCUCCAGCGCGUGCAGCUAGAAGCGCACCGGUCCUACCCAAAUGAAAUAACCCCUGACCCCAAAUUCUACAUUGACCUAUCUCUCAAGCUUCCUCACCAUCUCUCCACCGUUGAGGCCGCCUUCAACGACCUCACGAGCGGAUCACGUGACCUGCCAGUGCCAGUGAAGAAGCUUGAAAAGUUCGUCCAUGAAUACUUCGACGAUGCGAAGGAUCUGGUCCCUCAUGAACCAGAGGAUUUCGUCACAGAUCCCUUCGAGUUCCUCCUCAACGUAGAGAACGAUCAAGUCAGACAAUGGGCACGUGAGGUGCACGGCCUGUGGAAAACACUAUGCUACAGAGUCUCUGACUCCGUGAGAGAGUCUCCUGACCGGCACACGCUUCUACCGUUGCCGGAACCGGUUAUCAUUCCCGGUUCGAGAUUCAAAGAAGUCUAUUACUGGGAUUCUUACUGGGUUAUCAAAGGACUUAUGACGAGUAAAAUGUUCACUACGGCCAAAGGUAUAGUGACAAAUCUGAUGUCACUUGUGGAGACUUAUGGUUACGCAUUGAACGGAGCUAGAGCUUAUUACACUAACCGAAGCCAACCACCUCUAUUGAGCUCAAUGGUCUAUGAGAUUUAUAAUGCAACCCAAGAUGAAGAACUUGUGAGGAAAGCUAUCCCUGUGCUUCUCAAAGAGUACGAGUUCUGGAACUCAGGAAAACAUAAGGUGGUUAUUCGAAAUGCUAGUGGCAAUGAUCACAUGUUAAGCCGCUAUUACGCCAUGUGGAACAUGCCUAGACCUGAAUCCUAUGUUUUCGAUCAAGAAUCUGCUUCAGCGUUUUCGAAUACGGUAGAGAAGCAACGGUUCCUUCGAGAUAUAGCCACGGCUGCUGAAACAGGAUGUGAUUUUAGCACACGAUGGAUGAGGGAUCCUCCUAAUUUCGCAACGAUGGCUACAACAUCAGUUGUUCCUGUUGAUCUAAAUGUUUUUCUUCUCAAGAUGGAACUCGAUAUAGCGUUCAUGAUGGAUAUUUGUGGAGAUAAAAACGGCUCAGAGCGUUUUGUGAAAGCGUCAGAAGCGAGAGAGAAAGCGUUUGAAACUGUGUUUUGGAACGAAAAGGCAGGACAGUGGUUAGACUACUGGCUUUCCUCCGAUGGUGACGAGCCCGAGACAUGGAAAGCUGAGAACCAGAACACCAAUGUUUUUGCUUCUAACUUUGCUCCAAUCUGGAUCAGUUCCUUUAAUUCAGGAACGUUUUAUCUUUGUAACAAUGUAGAUGAAAAUCUUGUCAAGAAAGUUGUGAAGGCUCUUAAAAACUCAGGGCUCAUAGCUCCUGCUGGGAUCUUAACCUCUUUGAAAAACUCAGGACAACAGUGGGAUUAUCCGAAUGGAUGGGCCCCGCAACAAGAGAUAAUUGUUACAGGGCUUGCGAGAUCGGGUGUAAAGGAAGCUAAAGAGAUAGCAGAGGAGAUUGCAAGGAGAUGGAUCAGAAGCAGCUAUAGUGUUUACAAUACGAGUGGUAGUAUUCAUGAGAAGCUCAAUGUUGCAGAGUUUGGUGAGUAUGGUGGUGGAGGUGAAUAUAAGCCACAGACGGGCUUUGGGUGGUCAAACGGAGUUAUAUUAGCAUUCUUGGAGGAGUUUGGAUGGCACUCUGACAUCAGCAUUGAAUCGUAGAUUUACUACCUUUUUUAUUAAACAUUAAUUGAAGAUCUAAUCCAUUUUAUUUUAUCAAAAACUUUAUAAUAGUGGUAAUUUUGAUAAUAGUUUCUUUGUUGUGGAUCUUGGGGUUCUGUCAUAAUGUUUUGGAGUUCCAGAUGUUUUAUGAUGACAAGUGAAGUUUAACAGAUCUAUUAACGUUUAUUGCAU